AUGGACGCUGCCGAGGGGAAGCCAACACCGGCGGCGGCGCCGUCCCACCCUCAAGGGCCGCCGCAGGUGAACCCCUGGUCGACGGGGCUGUUCGACUGCACGCAGGACCCGGCGAGCUGCUGGCUGACGUGCCUGUGCCCGUGCAUCACCUUCGGUCAGCUGGCGGAGAUCGUGGACCGCGGGUCGACGUCCAGCGGCGCGAGCGGGGCGCUGUACAUGGGGAUCGGGAUCCUCACGGGCUGGGAGUUCCAGUGGAUCUACUCCUGCUUCUACCGCACCAAGAUGCGCGCGCAGUACGGCCUCCAGGAGACCCCCUUCCCGGACUGCUGCGUCCACUGCCUCUGCGAGCCAUGCGCCAUCUGCCAGGAGUACCGCGAGCUCAGGAACCGAGGCUUCGUCAUGGACAUCGGAUGGCACGCCAACAUGGAGCUCCAGCAGCAGCAGGGCCGCGGCGGCACCGCUGCGACCUCGCCGCCCGCCAUGCACGCAGAUGGGAUGACCCGCUGA